AUGUUGUUCCUUUUACUUUCCUUAGUGUUUUCGACGCCAGUGGAUAUCUGCAAAGUGACACCAACACCCUACGAAUCUGCACCAGUUGAUUAUAAGUUGAAAUAUGUUCAAUUGAUUGCACGACAUGGGGACAGAACUCCAUCGAAUUCAUACAAAGGCGACAAUGGGAAGUUUACAUGUGGGUAUGUUGAAGAGUCACACAUCUAUCAAGAAACGUCUGGGAAAGUGUCACACACGGCAACGUCCAAAACAUCGUUAAUUGACAAAAAGAAGAAUCCGUACGCUAUUAAUUAUAUGUGGGAAGGGUCUUGUGAGCCGGGGCAAUUAACUCCAGAAGGGAUUUCAAUGCACUACAAAUUAGGAGCGCACGUCCGAGAGUUAUACAAAUCCAUAUUACCAGAAGUCUUUGAUCCGGAACUCAUCCAUUUGAGAUCUUCAGGCAAAAUUCGAACAUUACAGAGUAUGGAAGCGUUCUUGCAACGAUUUUAUCCAAUAAAAGAAAGAGGGAAGUACACUGACUUGGAGAUAUUGACUCGGCCAUAUGAAAUUGAAUCGUUGAAGCCCAAUAAAGAUUGCUGCCCUAUUAUUAAAACUCUCGACACUGCUACCGCACAAUCAGAGGAAGUCAUUAACCUGAGAAGUAACGAAAACGUUACAAAGGCCUACAACAAGAUUAAAAGAGUCACUGGAAUAGCAGAUGCGACUGGGGACUUGUAUGACUAUGUGGAUAUGAUGGCUGCUCGCGUCUGUCACAACGAGAAAUAUCCAUGUAAUGACAAUGAGUGUUUAGACGAGAGUGAUUACGAGACUAUAUUGGAUGAAUACCUCAUUGAAAACAAGUACUUCUAUGCAGCGGGUAGUGCUAAAUACAAACUUGGCUUUUUCGUUGAUGAAAUGCUUGCCGAUGCGGAAAGUGCACUCAAUGGGAAAGUGGUAUACCAACACUAUUCUGCUCAUGAUAGUUCCAUUUAUGGUAUACUUGGCCUUUUGGGAGAAGAUACAACACAGCCGAUACCGUAUGCUUCCACCCUUGCUUUUGAAUACUUGACUAAAGAUGGUGUCAACUAUGUAAGAGCUUUACUCAAUGAUAAAGUUCUGCCCCUCCGUUUGUGUGCGAAAGAAAACAAUAUUUGCACCUUUGAAGAAUUUGAAACUAAGCUUAAGGCGCAAGUGCCACAAUAUUCGGAGUGUGGCAAUACACUUUCCCAACGACCAAUAUCUAGAAAGGGGUGGUAUACUCGAAAUUGA